CACUUUCUCUCUCUUCAACGCUUCAUUUAAACCUUUCCCACCUUUGCUCUCUUUUCUUUCUCUCUCUACAAAAGCACGAGAGAGAAGCAGAUCUGCGUGCAAACCCUAAGAUCAGACUACGAGUCCGUUCAGGGGUGAGAAGAUGGCACAGAAAUCACUCAUCUACGCAUUCGUCUCUCGUGGUACUGUAAUUCUCGCGGACUUCACCGAAUUCAGUGGAAAUUUCAGUUCCAUAGCAUUUCAAUGCCUCCAGAAACUUCCGGCCACCAACACCAAGUUCACGUACAACUGCGAUGGCCACACCUUCAACUACCUCGUUGAUAAUGGUUUCACAUACUGUGUAGUUGCAGAUGAAACAGUAGGAAGGCAGGUUCCUAUGGCUUUUCUGGAGCGUGUUAAGGAUGAUUUUGUGUCUAGAUAUGGGGGUGGAAAGGCUGUGACAGCUCCUGCUAAUAGCCUUAACAAGGAUUUUGGGUCAAAGCUAAAGGAGCAUAUGCAGUAUUGUGCUGAUCAUCCUGAAGAAAUGAGCAAGCUUGCAAAGGUGAAGGCUCAGGUUUCAGAAGUUAAAGGUGUUAUGAUGGAAAAUAUUGAAAAGGUCCUAGAUCGUGGGGAAAAGAUAGAGCUUCUGGUAGAUAAGACUGAGAAUCUUCAUCAGCAGGCACAAGACUUUAAGAGUUCGGGAACAAAGAUCCGGAGGAAGAUGUGGCUUCAAAACAUGAAAAUCAAGCUGAUUGUCUUGGGUAUUUUGAUUGCCUUGAUUCUCAUCAUAGUCCUCUCCGUUUGUCAUGGGUUCAACUGUGGAAAGUGAGCACCUGGAGAAGAGGCUUUUUGAUGAGCUGCUUAUUAUAAUAGCGUUUAUAUCUUUAUUAGAAGAAUGAGUGUGGAUUUACGCAUGUAGAAAAAGUUACAAUUUCAAUAUAAUAGUGCUGAGAAAGCUUAUUUCUGUAAACGGUACAAACAGUAAAUUGUUAAUUGUAUGCAAAUGUGUGUACAAAGAUAAAGUUGCUUGUGUUUACGACGUGUUGAAGAUUCAGGUAAACAACUAUGUUCAAUUCAGUUUUUAUUUUAUUUUGUUUUAUUGAGUCA